UGUGCUUUCCGCUCGGCUGCUGCGGUUCCGAUCACGUGCCGCCGGUCAGGUGACGCGCCGAGCCUGGCCGCUCUGUCGCGUCCCGUGCCGCCGCCGCCAUGACGGGGCUCGCGCUGCUCUACUCGGGGCUGGCCCUCGCCUUCUGGAGCACGCUACUGGGCGUCGGGAUCUGCUACACAAUAUUCGACCUGGGCUUCCGCUUCGAUGUGGCCUGGUUCCUGACAGAGACCUCACCCUUCAUGUGGUCCAACCUGGGCAUUGGCCUGGCCAUCUCCCUGUCUGUGGUGGGAGCUGCCUGGGGGAUUUACAUCACAGGCUCCAGCAUCAUUGGUGGCGGAGUCAAAGCGCCCCGGAUCAAAACCAAGAACCUGGUCAGCAUCAUUUUCUGCGAGGCUGUGGCCAUCUAUGGGAUCAUCAUGGCAAUUGUCAUCAGUAACAUGGCUGAGCCUUUCUCUGCAGUCACGCCAGAGACAAUUGGGGCCAGGAACUACCACGCAGGUUUCUCCAUGUUUGGGGCUGGCCUGACCGUGGGGUUGUCCAAUCUCUUCUGCGGGGUGUGCGUGGGCAUCGUGGGCAGCGGGGCUGCCUUAGCUGAUGCCCAGAACACAAGCCUCUUCGUCAAGAUCCUGAUCGUGGAGAUCUUCGGCAGUGCCAUAGGGCUGUUUGGGGUCAUCGUUGCUAUCCUGCAGACAUCUAAAGUAAAAAUGGGCAACUGAGCCCUGUCUCACCCAGCCUGUUCCAGCCUGCCCCAGGAGGUGCUGUAUAUACUUAUUUAAUGUUUCUAUCCUUGAUUGGGGCGGGAGCUGCCCCCAAGCGGGAGUGGGAGCCCGGCUGUAUAGACCCCCCUCCUGCUGAUCGGCCCAGCGGAAGAAACAAAUCUCUCUGUGUGAAUUCUGCCCCCAGUGGCCUGGCCCAGCCUGGUGGGGGUUGUGCUGCUGCGUGUCCCCAGUAUGUGUAGAAUCGAUCAACAGUGCAAUUCCGUGUCCGUGAAAUAAAUAUGGUUCUUGUCCAA